AAACAACGAUGAGGAAGCGACCAGAUUCGCAUAUGUAGCGGAAUCCUAUACUAUUCCGCGCAACCUCGCCAGGCAUCCGCCAAUCCCCUCCGUCCUCCUCCUUCCUCGUCUCGUCUUCGCUUCCAUCACCAUCACGAAAUUGCUCCGCACCCUCCGAUUCACUGACUUCCACCCAUCUCGCUCGCACUAUAUCACCGACCCAUCGUCAUCCCCUUCUCUCUCUCUCUCUCUCUCGCUCUGUAGCUAAAGAAUUGAACCCUUGCGAUACGACGAUGGCGUUGAAAGUCCUCUCCGCCCUCGACGCCGCCAGGACCCAGUACUACCACUUCAAGGCCAUCGUCAUCGCCGGCAUGGGCCUCUUCACCGACGCCUACGACCUCUUCUGCCUCCCCCCCAUCAUGCGCCUCCUCGGCCGCAUUUACUACCCCAACGACGACGCCGACCGGCUCAGCUUCCCCGCCGCCGUCACCUCCGCCAUGGUCGCCAUCGCCCUCCUCGGCACCGUCAUCGGCCAGCUCCUUUUCGGCCGCCUCGGCGACCUGAUCGGGCGGCGGCGCGUCUACGGCCUCGCCCUGCUCCUCAUGGUGGUUGGGUCCGUCGGGUGCGGGUUCUCCAUAUGCACCACGCGCGGGUGCGUGCUGGGCAGCCUCGUGCUCUUCCGCUUCGUGCUCGGGGUGGGGAUCGGCGGGGACUACCCUCUCUCGGCCACCAUCAUGUCCGAGUUCGCGAACAAGCGGACGCGCGGCGCGUUCAUCGCGGCGGUCUUCUCGAUGCAGGGGCUCGGCAUCCUGGCGAGCUCGGUGGUGACGAUGGUGGUGUGCAAGGCGUUCGACCGGGCGUCGGGGCACGUGUCGCCCACUCACCCGACGCCUCAUGAGGCCGACAUCGCGUGGCGGGUGAUACUGAUGCUCGGCGCUGUCCCGGCGGCGCUGACGUUUUACUGGCGGAUGACGAUGCCCGAAACUGCCAGAUACACAGCUCUAGUUGAACAAAAUGUGCUCCAAGCAGCCAUGGACAUGGAGAAAGUGCUGGACGUGUCGCUCAGACAAAUCGUGGAGGAUCAGCCCCUCCUCUCGACCCCGCCGCCCUCCUACCCGCUCUUCUCCAGGCAGUUCCUCCACCGCCACGGCCGCGACCUCUUCUCGUGCGCGUGCACGUGGUUCCUCUUGGACGUCGUCUUCUACAGCAGCAAUCUCUUUCAAUCUCAGAUCUACAAUCACUUCCUCCACACUCGGAAGCUCAACGCCUACAAUGAGGCCUUCGAAGUCGCGAAGCUCCAGGCCAUUGUCGCCGCCAGCUCGACGAUCCCGGGCUAUUGGGCCACCGUGUACUUCAUCGACCGGGUCGGGCGGGUGAAGCUCCAAAUGAUGGGGUUCCUUGGCAUGGCCAUAGUCUACAUCGCCAUCGGCAUCCCUUACUAUGCUUAUUGGAACAAGCACACCAACAACGGCUUCAUGGUCCUAUACGGGCUCACCUUCUUCUUCGCCAACUUCGGGCCCAACACGACCACGUUCAUCGUGCCGGCCGAGCUCUUCCCUGCGAGGUUCCGAUCCACGUGCCACGGAAUCUCGGGGGCAGCCGGGAAGGUCGGGGCGAUUAUCGGGUCGAUAGGGUUCCUGUGGGCGUCGCACAAUAGGAAGGAGGGCGGGUACCCGAAGGCGAUCGGGAUGACCGCAUCACUGAUAAUUUUGGGCGGGAUUUGUGUGGUGGGGAUGGCGGUGACCUACUUGUUCACCAGAGAAACCGCAGGGAGAUCAUUGGAAGAGAAUGAGAAGGAGGAGGAGGAUGGUGAGGUGAUGGGUCAACAGUUGAGAUGUUUCGGAGACAAUGGUCUUAGGUCGCGUUCGAAUUCUAGGAAUGGAGUUGAUGCUGCAUGACACUCAAUCUCUCUCUCUCUCUCUCUCUCUCCGAGAAGCAUCGAAUCAAAUUCAAAGCACACACACGUACACGGCGUCUGUACAUAGUAAUUAGGUCAGAAAAAUUCCAGUGUCAUACGUGUUUAUUUAGUGUGCUAACAGUCAGAAAUGUAAAUUUUGUACCCUUUCUUUUCUCUCAUCUUCAGUUGUAUUCAAAGAAAGAUCGACCUUGUUGUAGAAGAGUGAGUACUUACACGGAAAAGGAAGAUUUCAUCACAAGCAAAGUACUCUCGAUUAAUUUCUUCUGCGGUCUCGUGUAUGGAUUUUAUGUGUAUAAGAAACAAUCGAAUCAUCAUCGAACAUGAUCAUUCCGACACGGGCAACACAACCGGUCUAAAUACAGCACAAAACAAGCAUAGGAAAAUGAAAUUUUCAGGACAUUAAAAA